ACCUGAAUAAGGUGGAUUUGUGAUAUUUUUUAAAAAUGAAACAAAUAACAACGAUACCAUGAUGUAAAACUGAAUUUCACAUUCAAGAUGACUGCAUUGCAGCUUCCUGGUGGGGAUUGGCAGUGUGAGAAAUCCCUCCUGGAUUGCUUGGAGUACCUGUUGUCAUCUGGUACUGCUAGUGAUGUUGCCUUCGUGGUCAAUGGGGGCAAGGAACAAAUCCUGGCCCACAAAACAAUACUGGUGUCACGGAGCUCUGUCUUCUGUUCUAUGCUGGAUGACCCAACAAUUAGUAAAUGGGAGAUAACUCUUUUGGAUACACAACAACAUAUAUUCUCCCUUUUCGUGAGGUACCUGUACACUGACAGGAUAGAGUUGACUGUAGAUGUGGCUACCUCCAUUUUACCGUUGGCCCGUCAGUAUAGUGUAAAUCAUCUAGUGAGAAAAUGUGAGACAUUCCUGAAAGACAACUUCGCAUCUCAGAAUGCUGUCAUGUUUGUCCAGAACUCCAGAUUACCGACUGUUGAUUCGCACGAAGAUGACAUGGACGAUAAUCAAGACACCACUUUAGAAUCAGAGAAUGAAAAGAUUCUAGAAGAGUUGGACACAUCUGAACACAAUCAAGAUUUACAAACAGAUAAAUCUGUGAAGGCAGAAUCUGGAACAAUGGAUGUUGGUGGUAACAGGCUUACUGUUGAUGAAGAUGUUCACUCAAACUCUGACAAUAGUGACGAGGAUUGUGAUGUAGAUUCCAAUGUUACUGAUACUGGGAAUGAAAAACAGUCUGCCAUGGAUGAGGAAGAGGAUAGAAAAUGUUUGGAUGAGGAAGACAAACAGUUAACUGAUGUACACCCUGACAAUUCAUCAAAGAAAUAUGUUUCCAUAUUAGAUAAAAAAUUACAACCGCAUUCAGUUCCUGUUCUAAAAGAGGUGUCGGCUAUGGACCUCUCUAUGGAAACCCCUGAAGUUGUACCAGAAAAACUCUAUGCAGCAAAAGAAUAUUUAACUACAGCCCAAUUAAGAGCAGAAGAGAGAACUUUUACUGCAAUCAAAGCAGAGCCAGGUCAGGAUGAAGGAUAUACACUAACUGCAGGUAUUGGAAGAGAAGAUCAUGGAUUUUCUCCAUUGAUGGGAGUCCAAAUGCAGGACGAUAGCUAUUUUCCUAUUGAGGCUGAGCAAAUACAGAACAAUCGGAACUCUUCAAUGGAUUGUGCCCAAAGUCAGAGCUAUGACCUUACAGGGGCUGUCCAAGGUCGUGGACAGAGGCUAGUCAUUGCACAGUCAGCACACAAAUUUCAUCAGCAGGAUAUUUGUAAAAGAGAAUUUUUUGAUCAUAUAUCUCCUGAGGAAUCUGUUAAGAUAGGAACUAGGCUUGCCAUAUCUGAGGAUGAAGAUGUGGAUACUUCACAGUCUCAAACCAAAGUUUACAUAACUGAAUCCAGGUCAGUGCCCUCAGAUGGUGGUGUGGGAUCUGCUGUAGGUUCUGAUGGUAUUGAUGAAAUGUCAGAGGAUUUCCCAACAACUCUACAGAAUGAACACCUGAGGGUUAAACUAGUUGAUCUAUAUAACUGUAAACAGUGCAGCAGGAGUUUUAAGGAUGAAUCUGCAUUUAAAAAACAUUGUAAAAAGCAUGUUUCUAAGACAGGAUCUGUUUUUAAAUCUGAUACUAGAGGGAAAACGUUAUGUAAGAAUGGUCAACUGAACUCACAAAGUAAAUCACAGGCUACAAAAAAGAAACUGAAACAUGUAGAACAGUUAAGCUGUAGAAAGUGUGGCAAGAAUUUCAAGUUUGAAAGUACUUAUCAAGAACAUAUGACGAAAGAGCAUGAAGGGGUGGAUCCAUUUUCAUGCGACGUGUGCGAGAAAGGAUUUCAGUCUCGUCAUCAGUUGAAAAAUCACAUGACACUCCACACAGGCGAGUGUCCAUAUGUAUGUUCUCUAUGUGGUGUAGGUUUUCGUUUGAAAGUCUCUCUUGUGGACCACGAAACCGUAUGUCAUGAGCGAUUGCCUCACACAUGUACCGUGUGUGGGGAGAACUUUAAUACAAAAGCAUCCCUAAGUCGGCACCGUAAAUCUCACAAGCAGACUGAUGCUCGAUUUCGUUGUGAUAACUGCCGACGAGAAUUCAAAUUCGAAAAAACAUACAAGAACCAUCUUGCUACACUCCAGUGUGUUUCUGUGGAUGAACAUCCUCCAUACACUUGUGAUGUAUGUGGGAAAGAAAAAUUAACACUUCAACUUCUUAAGAAACAUAAAUACCUUCAUUCAGAAGAACUUUGUGAUUUCUGUGGUCGUCAGUUUAAAUCCCAGGAAGGCCUUCGACGUCACAUGUUGUUUCACACAGGUCGUUGGCCGUACAAGUGUGAAGAAUGUGGACUUGGUCUUGCGACGAAAAAAGUGCUAAAAGUUCACCUGUUGAAGCAUUCAAAUGAAAAAAGUCACAUGUGUGAUGUGUGUGGAUCUGCAUACAAGACUAAAUAUUCUUUAGAGCGUCACAUGUUCACACACCAGGAAAUUAAACCCCAUGUUUGUGAUGUUUGUGGCAAAGGGUUUGUAGGGAAACAUCAGCUCACCCACCACUUAAAGGCGCAUGCCAAGGAGAAGCCGUUUAACUGUAAUAUAUGUAGGAAGGGUUUUGAUGAUUCAGUUGCACUUCUCACACAUACUAUAGAACAUGUGGGACAGAAGCUACACAAAUGUGAUAUUUGUGGAAAGUUCUAUAGUAGGGACUCUGCUCUAAAAGUUCACCUCAGGAUUCACACAGGAGAAAAACCAUAUAAAUGUGAAAUAUGUGGGAAAAACUUUACUAAUUUGUGUGACAAACAACGUCAUGUUAAGAUCCACACUGGAGAGAAGCCAUUUGUCUGUGAUGUUUGUGGGAAGGGGUUCUCAGACAAAAAGUACCUCGCUCGACACCUCCGCUCUGGUGCACAUAAUAAAGACAUUGUUCAGUUUAGAGAUGCAGUAUAUAGUAAAAGCAGUACAGGUACUUUGUCUGAUGAAGGACCUUCUGGCUCCACUCCUCUUUAGAGAAGUUGGUUACCGUCCAUGUUUUAGGGGUAAUCUAAAGAAACAGUACUAAAAUAUUGUGGCGUUAAUCACAAUUUCUGUCAUCUACAUAGCAAUUCUUGUAAAAACAUAAUAUGUUAUUUCGUUUUUUUGUUGAUAAGUGAUAUUCUGAUGAAAUCUGACUGCAUGAAAAUAGAAACAUCAUCUUCAUGAAGGGUUAUAUACCUUAUACAGUGGACUUUUUACAGCAGUGUCUCAUUUUUGGUAUUUUUGGUAUAAGAUUGUACAUUUACAUGAUGUUAUCGUAGUGUCUGCUGACACCGUUGGAAAAUAUCUCACGGAUGAAAUUAGUUAAUCUGGUUUUACACCAUUCGGAAAUUUGUGUGACAAAAUAAAUGUGUUGUGUGGUUAUUGGGUUGGUCUUAAGAAACAUGUUAAUGAUACUGUAUAGUUCUUUGGCUCAUUUCGUUCUGUUUAAACUUCUUCACUUUGCAGAUCGUGUGAUAAUUUACUGUGUGAAGUAUGGCUGGUAGUUGUCAUGGGCUAAAAAUUUUUUUAAUGAUCCGAUUGUAUUCUGUGUGUUAAAAUUUCACAAUCUGGACUCAUACAUUUUACUUGAUGGAUUAAAUUUUGAAACAGUUUUUAUGAACUGUUAAAGAACAAAAUAGCCACCCCAUCAACUGGCUAUACUGUAUUUUGAAGCUUACCAAUAAUUUUGUUAUUUUAUUAAAAGAAAAAUACUUUUUAACUCUUAUUUGUCGAACCUCUGUAUAAUAUUCAACAAUACUCAACAUGUUUUUAGUUAUAUACAACUCUUAUUCAACAACCUCUUGCAUAUCUUCAGGUAUCCAGACAGGUGGCCAAGGAUUAGUAUACAGUUUAAUUGAUGGUUAAGACCUUAAGUUAAAAACGAGAUUUAUAUUGGUACCGAGGACAAAUUUAACACCUGACAAAGAUAAAUAUUUUGAUGCAAGGGUAAAAAUAGCAUCAGGUGAGUGUUUCCAUUUAUACAUAAUGUAUUAACUAACAU